AUGAAAUUAUUAUUUAUUAUUAUUAUUUACUUUUUAUUAAUUGAAAAUAUUAAUUGUGUUAGUCAUCAUUUUCUUCGCCGAACAAUGGCACAGCAAAGACAAAUUGAUAAAGAUACUGAAAUUGAAGAAGAAUUGGAUUCUGAUAUACUUGUUGAUAAAAUUAUUUCUUUAAAUGGAGAAAAUGAAGAAGAAAAACAAUUUAUUCAACAACAAACACAACAGCAAUUUGGAAAGGAUACUGUCUUUGAACAGGGGGAAACUCGCGAUUUUUUACAUUUUUUGCGAAGAAUUAAAUACGACCAUAGACAAUGUCCACAAAAUGAAGCUGUACAAAUUUCUGUUUCUGUCGUUAUUUCAAAUAUUAGGGCAGUUUCUGAAGUUACUAUGGAUUAUAGUUUAGAAAUGUUUUAUAGAGAAAUUUGGAUGGAUAAAAGAUUAAAUUAUGAUAUUAAACAAUUUAGAAAUAAAACAGAACUUGCUUUACACGAAUCUUAUGCAAAUUUUUUGUGGCAUCCUGAUACAUUUAUGCCUAAUGCUAUUGCUUCAAAAAAUCCAAGAAAACAGUCAAUUUCACAUCGUUCAUUGUUAAGGCUUCAAUCAGAUGGACAAAUUCUUUAUUCACGUCGUCUUUCUGUCGUUGCUGAAUGUCCAAUGGAUUUAACUUUGUUUCCAUUUGACUCUCAAACGUGCAAAUUGGGAAUUGAAAGCUAUGGUUAUACUUCAGAUCAAGUUAUUUAUGUUUGGUCACACGGACAAAGAGCAGCUUUAAAAUUACAUAAAAUUCGUCUUCCAGAUUUUCGAAUUAAAGAAGCUUUUGUUACUUCACAAAUAGAGAAUUAUGCUACUGGAAAUUAUAGCCGUUUAUAUGUUUGUUUUGUUUUCUCUCGUUCAGCUGGAUUUUGUUUUUUACAAUUAAUUAUUCCAUCAACUGCUGUUGUAAUAACUAGUUGGGUAUCUCUUUGGAUGGAAAAUGAGACUAGUUUUCAAGUAAUGCCAAGAGUUAGUUAUUUAAAAGCUUUGGAUAUUUGGUUAGCUGUUUGUUUUAUGAUUGUUUUUUUGUCUUUAAUUAAAUUGGCUAUAAUGAAAUAUAUGAGACAACGUUUAAAAAUUGAAAAUAAUUUUAAUAAUAAUAAAUUAGAUUUAUUAUUAAAUGGACUUUUAAUGCCUAAAUUAAUUAAUUUAAUAAAUAAAAAAAGAAAAGAAAAAAUAAAGAAAAAUAAAAAACAUUCAGCUUUAAAUUUUGGAUUUACUUCAAGUAUUAAUUCUUCUUCCUCAAUUAAUAAUAAACAAAAAAAUUUUUGUAAUCGUCAACGUCCACCUACACCUCCACCACAUUUAAAACAAUUAAAUAUUAAUUUAAAUAAAAAUAUUCAACAAUCAUUUCCUCUUUCUACGAAAGAGAGGAGGUUUAUUUUUAAAUUAAAAUUAAUUAAAAUAAAUUUAUUUUUCAGAAGAUCUUCACGUCUUUUAAAUUUAAAUAAUAAUUUUGAAUCUUUAUUGGUUGAAAGUGCUUUUUCUAAAUUUUUAAUGAAACAAAAAUUAAAAGAAUUAAAUAAAAAUAAUUGUUGUUGUUAUUAUUGUAAUAAUGAAAAUAAAAAUGAUUUUAAAAAAAGAAGAAAAAUAUUAGUUGAUGAAAAUAGAAAUGAAUUUUUGGCUAAAAAAGAUAAAAACAAAUUUUCCACAGCUCGUUCACCAAUUAAUUCAAUUAGAAUAGGAAUUGAAUCAACAAGUUCUUCAUCAUCUUCUUGUUCAACACCUUCUACAAAUUCUGACAAUGAAGAAGAAAGGAAAAUAAUUUUAAAUAAAAAAGAAAAAUUAUUUUUUUGUUUUGAUCAUCUCGGAAAUAUUGAAUUUUCUUCUCAAUUUAUGAGACGUUUUCAUUGGAUAUCACAAAUGGGGUUUUUCUUUGGUUUUGUUUUAUUUUGCCUUUACUUUUUUCUUGUUUAUCCAAAUAGCAGAUCGACUAGUGUUGAUCCAGCUUGUCGAAGGGAUGAAGCAGAAUGGUUUGUUUGCUUCAAUACCGACAUAAAAAUGUUUUUUAAUAAUACAAAUUUUUUAUUUUUUUUUCACAUUUUCUCAAACUUUUUUCUGAUUUAG